AUGAUUUUGGAACUGGUUUUUCUCGCUUUUGUUAAAUUUAGUUGUGCAUUCGAAGGAUUCGUUGUACGCGGCGAUAAAGCCCAAAUAGAGUAUUUUGCACAUUCAGUGUUUCUCUCAAUACGAGAUUUUGGAGGGGCGUAUGUAUGUGGUUCAUCAAUUUUAAAUCAGAAAAUUCUGCUAACGGCAGCUCAUUGUUUUGAAUCAUGCAGCGCUAGUAAUGUUAACGCUUUUGUUGGCAAUGCACAUAAAUCUAGAGGACUUAAAUACCGUGUAUCUAGUUUUAAAAUACAUGAAAAUUAUGAUGAAGAUGAAAUAAAGAAUGAUAUAGGACUGGCUGUGCUCGAGAGGCCUUUAGCGUUGGGAGAUAAUGUCAAAAGAGUGGCAAUUCUUAAAUCACCUCCGAAUAAGAAAUUGGCUAUUGUUGCGGGUUGGGGACUCAUUGAUGAAGAAGAUGGCGUGAGAAGUAGCUGGCUGCAUUCAUCAAAUCAAAAGGUGUGGACAUUGUCUGAAUGUAGAAGAGUGUUGCCUGGAAUCCCAACGGGUAGCUUGUGUGCUGGUGAUACAACAGAAACGAGUUAUGCUUCUGAAGGUGAUUCCGGCAGCGCCUUAAUCAUAAAUGAUUACAUUCAAGUGGGGCUGGUUUCCUUCAAGAGACCGGACACAACCAGAGGUCUAGUUGUAUAUUCAAAUGUAUCUUAUUUUUAUAACUGGAUCAAACUGGAACAGGCGAUAUGGAGAAUACAUUCCUUACCUCAUAUGGUGUUACAUGCAAAUGAUUAUGCUUUGUAA